AUGCCUUGCCGUGAGAGCUUCCACCGCCCUGUUGGGGUCCAAGCCAGCGAAAUCGGACGACAGGUCCGCUUCGCGUUCAUUGGCGUUUCAGAUCUUGCAGCAGUUAGAUUCUCGCUGCCGUCGCAGUUGCUCGAACCUACCCCGAACUUGGAAUACUGGACCUAUAUCGAUGCCCCCAAUGCCUUUGUUGCUAUGGGCACUUCCGAUGACCCUCUCGAUCGAAUGCUCGAGGUCGUACGCUUUUGGCUGACCAAGGAUCUGAAGUACGCCAAAGGAAAGCCCUGCAAACCUUACAAUUCAUGUCUCGGCGAGUUCUUUAGGUGUAACUGGGAAACUGAAGAUAAUGCUCCAAAGAUCGACACUUCAAGCCUCCAACAGACUAAUGGCACCUCCAAGGGUGGCCUUUCAGCGCUGAAAGUGGCAGCAAAGGGGGAUAAGAACGCUUCAAACGUCUCACUCUCUGUGCCCCAGCAUGGUGCUGCAAAGGACGACAAGCUUAUUCGCGUCUCUUAUCUUACUGAACAGACCUCACACCACCCCCCUGUGAGCGCCUUCAACGUCACCUGCCCCGAGAAGGGUAUCACAGCCCGUGGCUUUGACCAGAUCACUGCCAAGUUCACAGGCACCUCCGUCAAAGUCCUUCCUGGGGAGCACAACAUGGGCAUAUUCAUAACCCUCGAAAAGCGUGAUGGAGAGACUUACCAGCUUACCCAUCCGGCGGCCCAUCUGGGCGGCCUUCUCCGCGGAGCUUUGAGCGUAUCGGUCAGCGAAUUCGCUUACAUCACAUGCCCCAAGACCAAGAUCAAGGUCAUUCUGCACUAUGUUGAGGAAGGCUGGCUGGGACGCACAACAAACAAAAUUGAUGGCGUUGUCUUCAAGUACGAUCCCGAGAACGAUGACAAAUCUCGAGUUCAGGACGUGCCUGAUGAACAUGUCCUUGCUCGGUUGAGUGGUCCGUGGAAGGAGAAGGUCGUUUUUACUCUCGGCCCCAGACCAGUUAAAUCCGUACCUGUGGAAGAGCAAUACACCAUUAUCGAUAUUGCACCCCUCAGUGUUGCGCCCAAGAUCAUCCCUCCCAAGGAAAAGCAGCUUCCCAACGAAUCUCUGACUCUUUGGGGUGGUGUCACAGAUGCUAUCCACGCCAAACAAUAUAGCAAGGCUACCCAGGUGAAGGUCGAGCUCGAAGAGGCUCAGCGCGAGAAGGCCCGGCAACGUGAGGCCAACAAGGAAACGUGGCAGCCCGUCUUUUUCAAGCAUGUCACUGGUAAUGAUGGCAAGCCCGAUCUGACCGAUAAGGGCCGCGAGGUCCUUGAACGGGCGCAAAAGGGUGACUGGUCGCUCGAAGGCAUCAUGUAG